CUUCUUCUUCUUCUUCUUCUUCUUCUUCUUCUUCUUCUUCUUCUUCUUCUUCUUCUUCUUCUUCUUCGUCUUUUCACCACGACACGCAACGCUUGCAAGCAAUGGAGGCCGCCCGCAACCAGGUCGUCCACCACCAAACCUCGGCCGCCACGGCCGCCGCCGAACGUCUCAGCGCCUUCUUCAGCCCGGCUGCGCGUGCCCCGCCGCGCGACCGAUGCGACGACCUAGCCUUGUACAUCACGGGGCUGACGAGAGUCGUACCGACGCCCUCGCAGGGCUGCCACAGCUACACAGUCGUUUGCUACAACGACGACGAUGACGACGAGCACAGCAACACCAACCACACGACCACAUCCUCUUCAGCUUCUUCGUCUUCCUCUUCCUACCUUUACGCCGAUGACAAACCUCCUUCGACCUUGCCCUCGACCACCACGACCCCCUGCGACGGACACCCCCACCCACGUAUCGUGCAGUUCCGCGUCGCAGGCUCCAAGCUCAGCCUUCGUAUGCUACGCGCAGCACGCAUUGUCCACGGGUUUAAAGUGCCCUACACGACGUUCGAGGGCGAGCUAGGACGAGUCCCGACAGAGCUGCCCCUGCUAGUGUACGCGAUGGACUGGAUCGGAGGCGCGACGCCCCUGCAGCGAUUCAGUCAGCAGAGACGGCUGUCCGAAACCGAGGCAGGCCGGCUCGAGACGUUUGCGCAGGAGCUAGGGGCGUACUUUGCACGGGCGUGGCUGCAGCCCGCAGAGACGCUGGGGAUCAAGGAGGCGGACGAGGAAGCACUGGCACAUCGGCGCGACGCGGUGGCGCGUGUGCUGCGUGUUGGGAUGGAGGCGGGCUCGCCGCUGCCUGCCCGCGUCAAGGCACUGAUUCCGGGGCUGCUGGCGGCGCUGGGGACGCUGUUUUCGCGGAACGGCCCGCUGCGCCAGGUCCUUACGCAUGGCGAUCUCAAUGCCUCGAACUUGAUUAUCGAUCCCGAGAGUUUCCACGUUAAUGGCGUGGUCGACUGGGCUAGCGCGGGUGUGUGGCCGUUUGGCUGCGAGCUGUAUGUCCUGCAGCUGCUGACGGGGUUCUGGGAUGACGACCAUGGCAACGCCUCUACUUCUGCGCCUAUCGGUAUCACGGAGGAGAACCCGAACGAGGCGCCUUCGAAUGCAGUGGCUUCUUCCUCUGCAACCUCCAACACCCCUACCACCGGUACGGCGUCAUCCACGUCAACAACCACUUCCGCGUCCACGUCCACGAGCACUCCUCUACCACCUCAUCCUCACCCCCCUUCCUCGACCCCAACCUCGUCCCCACAACAACCCCGCUGGCGCACCUACGCCACAGCACCCCGCCUCUACGCCCUCUUCUGGCACCGCUUCUUCGCGCUCACGCACCCCCUGGCGCCGACGCCUGAGGCGCGGCACGCAUUUCUGGAGACAGUGCGGCCGGCGUGGCGGCUGGGGCUGCUGCUCAGAGAGGGCUUUGUGCAUGCUGCGGACGGGGGUGUCCGGGGGAAAGUCGUUGGCGGUGGCUCCACUGAGGGCGGGGCAGCGAAGGCGGGUGCGGGCGGCGGGAACGUGCAGUUGGGCCUGCUGGAGCGCUUUUUGUGCGAUGAUGCGGGCAUCGUGGAUGCUGGUUUUGAUGCUGUUGGGGGUGUGUAGGUGUUGUUGUUAAUGAGGGGGAGCGGGUGGUUCGGUGGCUUGGUUUUUUGGGUGGUUUGGUUUGCUUUUUGGUAAGGGUUGGGUGGUGCUGCUGUGCGAUACCCUGGAUGAUGGCCUGAUAGGGAGCUAGAUUGAGCGUGCCGCGAGCGGGGAGAUUGGGCGGGCGGGGCUGCGAAGGCU